UGCAGAAUCACUGAAGAAGGUUAUAAAGCUCUGGCUUCAGCUCUGAGAUCAAAUCGUUCUCACCUGAAAGAGCUGGAUCUCACAGGAAAUGAUCCUGGACAAUCAGGAGUGAAGGAGCUUGUAAAUGUACUGCAGGGUCAUUUGUGUAAACUCAGGUUUUUACAAAGUCCUGCAGCAGUUGAAGCCUGUCAGUAUGUGACUAGAGUUCUCAAUAUAAAAGACCCAUUAACCCUGAGUGAGCUGAAUCUGAGUGAACAUAAACUAGAACUAAAGAAUAUAGAGCAGCUUGCUGCCCUGAUGCAGGAUAAACACUCUAGACUCAACAAACUUCAGCUGUGUGACUGUGAUCUAACAGAGGAAAGCUGCUUAGUUCUCGCUACAGUCCUGAGAUCAAACUCCUGUCUGAAAGAACUUGACAUGAGCAACAAUAAUCUGCAGGAUUCAGGAAUAAAGAAACUCCAGAACGGAUUAGAAAAUAAAAACUGCACACUCAAAAAACUCAAACUUUCAUACUGCAGUAUCACAGAAGAAGGUUAUAAAGCUCUGGCUUCAGCUCUGAGAUCAAACCCUUCACACCUGAUAGAGCUGGAUCUCAGAGGAAAUGAUCCUGGACAAUCAGGAGUGAAGCAGCUCAGUGAUUUACUACAGGAUCCAAACUGUCAACUGAAGACACUGAGGUUUUUGAGUCCGGAUGCAGAAAAGGCUUCUGAAAAUGUGCCUGGACUUGUGGGUAAAAAUCUGUUGCUGGUAAAAGAGUUGAAUCUGAGUAAUGUUAAACUAAAAGACACACGAGUGAAUCAGAUCGCUGCUCUACUGCGGGAUAAACACUGUCAACUCAACACGGUGAUUCUGUGUGGAUGCAGUAUUACAGAGAAACAGUGUUACUAA